CCUUCACUUCCAUCCCUAUCCCUAGCUGAAUCCUUGUGGGUAGCCUAAGGUGUGAAGUCAUGGUAACGGCUCCAAGCCUCCGACCUCAGUCUGCCUCAGCGCCGGUAGCUGUCACUCCCCUGGGUGGGACAUAGCUGCUCUUUGUCAGGGACAUAAUAGCAGAGAUCUUGGAGCCGGCGUGCUGACUGUUAGCUUGUAGAACUGCACAGUAACUCUGAGCUCCAGUGUGAAGAAGGAUUUUUGUGAUACUGUAGAUAGGAGAGCAACGAGACUAGCAUUCCUGCAGCCGCAUCCAUGGACACUAUAAGGAAUGUUGGAACUCAGCCUGUUGGAUCUCAGCCUGUCUACAGUCGCUGGUCAUACAGACCCUCGAGCUCUGCCAGCUUCUCCUCUAACUCAACAGCCAGUGGCAUUGAAGAAGACAGUGCCAGUCUAAUGCAACAGAAGCUGGAAAAACAGAGGGCCCUGCUGGAGCAGAAGCAGCGGAGGAAGCGCCAGGAGCCUCUGAUGGUGCAGCCCAACACCGAGGGCCGGCCCCGGCGCUCCAGGACACGGCGUGGGGAGGAGCAGGCCCCUCUGGUGGAGUCACAGGUCAACAUUACCAACGAUGUCAUCAUGGAUGGUAUCGAUGGCCCGGCAGCUUUCCUGGGCUCUGAAGCUCCUGAUCUGGGAAUGAACAUCCUGUCAGUGAGCCAGUCCCAGUCCCAGCCCCAGUCCCAGUCCCAGUCCCAGUCCCCUGUCGCAGAAGAGCCUGAGAGAGAUGGAGACACUGAGACGCUGCUGCAGCCAAAAACAGAUAUCCAUGAGUUACUGCAGAAACAAGGUCUUUCUGGCAGUAUGAAAUUCGAUGAAGACAGCGAGCAUGACGACGACGAGGAGGGAGAACGAACGCGCUCUCUGUCCCCCAACGCAGACACCAGACCGGCCUCUGCCGCCAGUGGCAAGGACAUUCCAGAGGUGAGCUCCGGGUCACCCACAGCAGAGAGCGCACUCGAUGUGGCCAACCUGGAGGAGUUUGUCCUUCUUCCGGCUCCGCGUGGAGUUACUGUUAAAUGUCGAAUAACCCGGGACAAGAAGGGCAUGGACCGCGGCCUCUACCCCACCUACUUCAUGCACAUGGAGAGAGAGGAUGGCAAAAGAGUCUUUUUGCUGGCAGGAAGGAAGAGAAAGAAGAGUAAGACAUCCAACUAUCUUAUUUCAGUGGAUGCGACUGAUCUGUCGAGAGAGGGGGAGAGCUUCAUAGGAAAACUGAGGUCCAACCUCAUGGGCACCAAAUUCACGGUGUAUGACAACGGCACCAAUCCCUGCAAACACCCCGGGACGCUGCUGGAAGAGAGCAACACUCGACAGGAGCUGGCUGCUAUCUGCUACGAGACCAACGUGCUGGGAUUCAAAGGACCACGUAAGAUGACCGUAAUCAUUCCGGGCAUGAACAUGAACUUCGAUAGAGUCCCUGUGCGACCUCAAAACGAGCAAGAGAGCCUUCUGAGCAGGUGGCAGAAUCACUCCCUGGACAACCUGAUCGAGCUGCACAAUAAAGCCCCCGUGUGGAACGACGACACCCAGUCCUACGUGCUCAACUUCCACGGCCGCGUCACUCAAGCGUCGGUCAAAAACUUCCAGAUAGUUCACGACAACGACCCUGACUACAUCGUCAUGCAGUUCGGCAGGGUGGCCGAAGACAUUUUCACUCUGGACUUCAACUACCCCAUGUGUGCCCUGCAGGCCUUCGCCAUUGGCCUGUCGAGCUUUGACAGCAAGUUGGCCUGCGAGUGACCCUCCAGUUUUAAUUCCACACCACCACAUUUCCUGACAACUCUUCUCCCGUGGCUGUUUGGAAGCUUACAUCACGCAGAAGUCUCACGGAUAUGAGAGCGAUGAAGAGGAUUCUGAUCACAGACUUUGGCUGAUCCAACAACCCUCUUGGUUCCAUUUUUGUGGGGUUAUUUCCAUAUCAGUUUGUGUGCACAUGUACUAAAAGGGAAAGCAAAACACACUUUCUUAUCUGGUCAGACAUCUGGUGCAAAAAUAACUGAUGUUACAUGGAUGACUUUUGCAUGGAUACUUUUUUUGAUUUCACUCUGUCGUUGCUCUAAAGAUGGCGAUGUCUGAGAUGUUACUCAACAGAGCGUAAACCAUUUUGAAUUACAAAACAUGGCCUUUCCUCUGGCACCACCCUCAGGCCAAACUUUAGGGUUAUUUAGUGAUAAGGGACUAAGAAAGCAAAAUUCAGUUUUGCAUCACAGCUAGCAUUUUUCAAUCUUGUUUACAUCUUUAAAUGUGGCUCCAUGAUUUAAUCUGCCAUCUACUUAUAACUCGUCUUUCCAUCAGUUUUUCAACUCAUUCUCGUGUGGAAGGUGCCUGUUUUACAGUUUGUUUGUUUUUUUCUGUGAAUAUGUGUAAGUUUUAUCUUGUGACUGAUUUCUCUUUGUUAUAACACGUUGGAUUAUCAUUGAAAAAAUUGCAUAAACGCAGAAUUGCACAUUUGAAGAGGUAGCAUUAACAUGCUGUUUAUACAAUGCCCUCUUUUUAAUCCGUUUUUAAACAUUAAAUACUAAAUGUCCUUUAAAGACAUGGAUUUUUAAAAUAAUGUAUACAAUUGAAGCAUUAAUACACUAGACAGAUCUUAUAUUUUCAUUGAUGCAGAGUUUAUUGAAGAUGGAGUUGGGGGUCAUUUUGUACAGCCAAUAUUUGUUUGCAUAGAAGUGACUAAAAUAUAACUGCCAGUGUCUCUUCAUCUCCAUGUCUUACCCUUUGAAUUUUAUGGGAAACUUAAGGGAAAUCGAUUAAGGAUAGCAUCCUUUACAUGAUUAAAUGUCCCUUGUUUGUUCACUGUACUGUAAUGUUUAAAAUGGACCUGUAAACAUAUGUACAUACAUGUUCAGGGACAUAUCUAAUUCACAGUUACUUUAAUCAGUCUAAUCUGGAACAGAACAAGUGUUUAGGGCUUUUCAGGUUCAGAUUUAAUUGGAAAAUGGUGUUUCUUGAUCAGAAAUCCUUCUUAACACCCAAACAAAUACCUGUUUUAAAGAAAUUAAUAAUACAGAAAUGUUCAACUGUGUGCCAGGAAUUGUGAAAAUAGUUUUGUCAUUUUGUGUGCAAUUAAGUUUUAAAGAGAGGGAAAAAAAAGUAUAGAAAAUAUUUGGAAAUCUAUAUCAUGCUUUUAGUACAAGAGCCUGUUGUGAUACACAUUCCAGUUUACAACCAGAUAUACGGCUGUAUUUGAACACAUGAAGAUAUAACAGUGGACGAUCAAACCUGAUAAUCAUGCUGAAACACACAGAGAGAGAGAUGAAUGUAUUCAGUGAACAAUUUAUUUUCAUAAGCACAACAGUUAAUUUGAGCAGAACACUUUCGAGAGAAAACAAAAGUACUUAUUUCCCUCGAUGUAAACAUGUUUAAAUAACCAAAAUAAAGACAUUUAGAAAAAUAAAGUACUUUGAACUUUC